AUGUUCCGUCCACUUCUAACGAUUCUGACGGUUCUCGCUGUUACAGCCUAUUCCUCCCCAGGAGUCUUCCGAUAUUCUCAUCUUCGUGAUGGUGUUUGUGAUACGUUUAAAGCAAAAUACUUCUGCCCAGCAUCUGUCGAACAUGUUGUCUCAUUUCUUGGGUAUCCCUAUAUGCUCCCGAUCCUAUGCAGGGACUUGAGUUCUACAUGCACCCCCGAAGAGCUGUCUUGUCCAGAAGUGUCUAAAGAAGAUUUGAAAAGAGUUACUGAAGCAUGUGCUCAAGUAUCAGGCGGUGGCACAACAGCUCGACCAUCACCAACAGAAGAGGCUGAACAUACGACUGGAACCCCACCAACUCCAACUCCAGAACCGCCACACACAACACUUCCUGACCCAGGAAUCCCUGACUCCGAUCAUACGACUGGAACCCCACCAACUCCAACUCCAGAACCUGAAGAGCAGCCACAUACAACACUGGCUAGUCCAGAAGUGCCUUGGUAA